GCACCGCCCGGGGGGCCGUCGCCCGCACCAUGUCCGCGGCCGCCUACAUGGACUUCGUGGCUGCCCAGUGUCUGGUUUCCAUCUCCAACCGCACCGCGGUGCCGGAGCAUGGGGGCGCUCCGGACGCCGAGCGGCUGCGACUACCUGAGCGCGAGGUGACCAAGGAGCACGGUGACCCGGGGGACACCUGGAAGGAUUAUUGCACGCUGGUCACCAUCGCCAAGAGCUUGUUGGACCUGAACAAGUACCGACCCAUCCAGACCCCCUCGGUGUGCAGCGACAGUCUGGAGAGUCCCGAUGAGGAUAUAGGAUCCGACAGCGACGUGACCACCGAAUCUGGGUCGAGUCCUUCCCACAGCCCGGAGGAGAGACAGGAUUCUGGCAACACGCCCAGCCCGCUCUCCCUCCUCCACUCUGGAGUGGCUGCGAAGGGGAAACACGCCUCCGAAAAGAGGCACAAGUGCCCCUACAGUGGCUGUGGGAAAGUCUAUGGAAAAUCCUCCCAUCUUAAAGCCCAUUACAGAGUGCAUACAGGUGAACGGCCCUUUCCCUGCACGUGGCCAGACUGCCUUAAAAAGUUCUCGCGCUCGGAUGAGCUCACCCGCCACUACCGGACCCACACUGGCGAAAAGCAGUUCCGCUGUCCGCUGUGUGAGAAGAGAUUCAUGAGGAGUGACCACCUCACCAAGCACGCCCGGCGUCACACCGAGUUCCACCCCAGCAUGAUCAAGCGAUCAAAAAAGGCUCUUGCCAGCCCCUUGUGAGGUGCUCCCCGUGGCAGCCAGGCUGAGAUGGUCCCCGGAAGGACAAAGCUCCCAGGAAACAGACGGACACGUGGAAACCCGCCCCAGCAGAGGUGCGCUGGCCACAGGAGGUCACUGCUCUUUGGUCAAUUAGUCUGAUACUUUCCCUGUACUGUUUCCAAAAAGCACAUGGUAGCCUAAGAUCAAAGUCAACAUUUGGUCCCCUUGCAGAGGCAACUUGGAACCGUCUCUUGACUGUUGGAGGGCAGGCAAAUGCUUUUGGUAUUUUCUCCUUUGUUUUGGGGGUGGGGGGGUGGGAGGAAGGGGGCAAGGCCAAGACUCGGGGUAGGAUUUUGAAGAUUCACACUGGUGUACAUAUGUCUGACUGGGUGAGUUGACCCCUGGCCUCCCACAGUGACUCUGGGUCCUUGAUGCUUGUUGACUCUCGGAAUUGUUUUCUUCUCUUUAAUGUAACGACCAGUGUGCUUCAGUUUGUUUAGCAGAACCACUCUCUUGAAUCACUUUAACUUUUGAGAUUUAAAAAAAAAAAAAAAAAAUCCCUCCAUAGCACAGCUGUCUUUUAUGCAAGCAAGAGCACACCUACUCCAGCAUGAUCUGUCAUCUAAAGACUUGAAAACAAACAAACAAACAAAAGUUACUUAUAGUCUAUGGAUAAGCAGAGUCCGAAUUCACACUAAUCAAGACAAACCUUCGAGAGGUCAUGUUAAGUCCGGAACUUUCAAACCCUGCUUUGUAUGAAUCGUACUAUCUGAACAUAAACUGCACUUUUACUUUCUGAUACCGAGGGUGCUUUGAGGGUAGAAGCAGACGUUCUGUUUGGCACCACGUUAUAAUCUGCUUAUUUUACAGUAUACACGUUUCCCUGAGAACCCACGGCAGAGAUGUGAGUGAGGGCAGAAUGUAUAAAACACAUGCUGAGGAGGAGGAGGGGGAGGAAGGUAGUAUUUCAAAAAUGCGAAAGUGAACAAUUUUAACUUCAUGAAUUCGAAUUUCCCCGUCCUUUCUGAUAACGUCAUCUUAUUACACUCAUGGCACCAGGACACAGAGCAAGAGCAUUCGGCUCUGUCUAGGGUUAGUUGAUCAAUGGGUGCAUAACUGUCACCAGGCCUGGAAAUGCCUGUUUUCUUUUGGGGUUUUCUUUUGGGGUGGGGAGGGGUAUUUCUUGGUCGCUUUCUUGUGUUCCUAUGAGACUCCCACUACAAGGUGCAAGAGAUAGCAAAGGAAAGGGAGCUGAAAUAUGAAAAACAAGCAAAAAAACCCACACACACACACAAAAAAAAAAAACAAAAACAAACCGUUUGCCCCUAUAAGUAGUACCAAGGGAAGACACCACAAUAAUUUCAAAGGCGACUCUGCAGAACAGCCCCUUCUGGUGAACACAGGUCAAAGAAACCUACAUGAGUGACAUCACAUCACCAGCUGUCUGCAUCAGUGGCCCUACCACUACUUAGCUUGUUAUUUAGGUGUCUACAAUGGCCUGAACCACUAUAUCCAUCCUAUGCCAUUUACUGAAAACUUAAUUUUGGCUUUUACAUGGCCAGAAAAACAAACUAGUUUUCAUAGUUAAAAAAAAAAAAAUGAAAACAAAACAAAAAACCUCAAUUGAGGGGAGUCAGCAGUGAUCAUGGGGAAAUGUUUACAUUUUUUUUUUUCCUUCAGAAAUACCACUUUCUGAUGAUUUUAUCUGAUAUUUAAAACAGGGAGCUACGGUGCACUCUAGUUUAGCCAUGUGCUGCACAUGGUGUGUAAACUCGGGGUUCUCACCUGCAGCGAGCUCCACAUUUCACCCAGCGCAUGCUCACUCCCAUCUCAGCAGCGGGUGCUCCUGCAGCGCGUGGGGCACAGCUGACUCCGACUUCCAAUACAACAGCCAUCACUAGCACAGUGUUUUCUGUUUAACCAAUGGAGUUGUAUCAGUAGUUCUAGCAAGAGAACUGCUUUUAACAUUAGGGACUGGGAGCAGUCCAUGAGCUAAAAAAGGAAAGUGUUUUCUCACGAGAAAACAUGUCAGGAAAAAUAAAGAACACUUUCUACCUCUGUUUCAGAUUUUUGAAACGCUUAUUUUAAACCAAAUUUUAAUUUCUGUGUCCAAAAUAAGUUUUAAGGACAUCUGUUCUUCCAUAUGAAAUAGGUUAGGCUGCCUAUUUCUUCCUGAGCUCAUGGAAAGGCUAUGCAUAGGGUACUCUGCGCGCUGCCUUUUAGUGAGUGAGGAGUUUGAGGUUGCCUAGCAACUUGCUAACUUGUAUAAACUCAGCUUUCCCUCACAGAAAGAAAUGAAGGAAAACCAAGUCAGUGAAAGACAAUCUUUAUUGUUUCAGGAGUAAAUCUGUAUGUGGCUCUUGUCAAACACUUAGAUGGAUAUAAACGCAGCAACUUGUUUAAAAAAAAAAAAAUGCACAAUUUACUUCCCGGAAGAGUUGCUACUUGCCUUUUCAAGUUGUUGACAGACACACAUUUGAUAUUCUCUUCUAUGUUCUAGUAACGUAACGUAUACACUCAAGGCUUUUUAUUCUUUGUGAUAAGUCCUGUUUUGCGUCACAGAACAGGAAGCAGCAUUCUAAUUAGAUUUACUACACGGAAAUAUGGUUCAAAUAGGACUACUAGAGUUCAUUGAACACUAAAACUAUGAGACAAUUACUUUUUAUAUUAAAAAGACCAUGGAUUUAACGUAUAAAAAUCCAAAUGCAGGAUAGUAAUUUUUGUUUACUUUUUUAACCAAACUGAAUUUUUUGAAAGACGAUCGCAGGUGUUUAAAAAGAAAGAGAAGCCGUUUUAUCUAAUACUGUAAGUAGUUGUCAUUCAUGGAAAAUAUACUAGUUUUAGAGUUAAGAUAUCUCCUCUCCUUGGUUAGGGAAGAAGAAAGCCCUUCACCAUUGUGGAAUGACACCCUGGCUUUAAGCUCCACAUCACGCUUCUUUUGAGAAUUAUAUUUGGUAGUUACAAUUACAGAAACCAAUUAGUUUGUCAGUUUGCAGAUAGAUUUAGCACAGUACUCAUCACUCUGGGUAGAUAAGAUGUUCUUUCACAGCGGAUGAAUGGUCUGUAACACUGUAAGAUACUGAUCUUUACAACUGUUUAAUCAGUUUUAUUUUUGUACAGUAUUAGUGACCUAAGUUAUUUUGCUGUCCCGUUUUUGUAAAUCAAAUGAAAUUAUAAAAGAGGAUUCUGACCGUAGGUAUUUUGUACAUAUGUAUAUAAGUUGUCCAAAUAAAAAUAAUAAAUGAUAAAGAUUAAA